AGACGUAAACUGAAACCAUUUAGCCCGGGUAUUGCGGUGCCUGUAUCUACCUGUGAGGUUUAACUCAGGGAAAAUCAUCUGUGCUUUCUCAGUUUCCGGAAGAUCAUUCUAGCCUUCCUAACAGAAAGAAAAUGGAAACCUGAAAUCGCACUUAGCUAAACAGUCAAGCGUUUUUCAGAGAAUAUUAGAAGAAUAACUGGCUAGUACGAUUACAUUGCUAGUAACAUCAUUGAACAGCAACUGGAUCUUGCUGAAGAUUGGAGAACAUCCCUCGACCUCCCUCCCUUCUGAAUCAAUGGAAGGGUCCGACAGUUUAGAGCAGAGUGGCAGUGACCAGCCAGAGUCACAGCGCAGAAGACAGCUGGACCGCCUGGGCAGGGAGGAGGCCUUCUACCAGUUUGUCAACAAUCUCAGUGAUGAGGACUAUCGUCUCAUGAGAGACAACAAUCUUUUGGGAACCCCAGGAGAGGUAACAGAGGAUGAGCUGUUUAGUAGACUUCAGCAAAUCAAAGAUGGUCCAGAACAGCAGAAUAACACCCCCAUUACUGAAAGUGGAGAAGAUCCAGUUGAACCACCGGAAAGCUCUGAGGAUCCUCCCAGUGGGGAUAGUCUCUUGGACUGGCUGAACACAGUGAGGCGUACAGGCAACACAACUAGAACUGGUCAUCGUGGAAACCAGUCUUGGCGGGCCGUAAGCCAGACCAACCCAAACAGUGGCGAUUUUCGCUUCAGCUUGGAAAUUAGUGUGAACCGCAACCUGGCUGAACAGCAGGCAGCUGCUGAAGGGGAGCAGGAGUCUCCAGAGCAGCCUCCGGCUCCACAGGGCCAAGAAGUAGUGGCAAAUGCUGAACCACAGGUCCCCAUGGAGACAGAAGUGGUGGAAGAACCAGUUGUAGAAGAGUUGGCUGUCAUAGUGGAACCAGAGCCUGAACUGGAAGAGGUUGUUUCACAAGAGAUUUUAGGAGAACCUCCCAGCCCACCUGCUGCCCUGCCAGUACAACCACCGCUUCCUUCUUCUCCACGCAGAGGACAAAGGAGAGCCCGCAGCCGCAGUCCAGAACCACGCAGGACUAGGGCCCGUACAGCCAGGAGCCGCUCCCCUCUCAGCUUGGAUCAGCUAGAUGGUCUUCCUAAUCCACGUCAUGCUCACAGCUUUCAAGGCCCCAUCUCUGCCACCAAUGCUCCUCCUGUGCCUCAAGUAGAGGGCAGUUCUCGGACUCGACAACAUGUUCUUUCCAGGCAAAGCACUGCUGACAGUGAUGUUCCGGUAUCUAGGGCUGGCAUAGAAUCUGUCCCAGAGACCCAAAACUCUGGAUCUCAGGAAGGAGAAGUUGCUGGGGGGGAAGGGGGUGCAGCAGGGCGUCGUCCCCCUACUAUUAUGCUUGAUUUACAGGUGCGUCGUGUGCGUCCGGGUGAAUAUCGCCAACGAGACAGCAUUGCUAGUCGCACCCGCUCACGCUCCCAGAACUCAAACAACACAUUUCUUUAUGAGAGUGAGCGUGGUGGAUUUCGUAGGACUUUCUCACGCUCUGAGCGUGCUGGUGUGAGGACCUAUGUCAGCACAAUUCGCAUCCCUAUCCGAAGAAUCUCUGAUGCAGGUUUGGGAGAGGCAACCUCAAUGGCUCUCCAAUCUAUGAUUCGGCAGAUUAUGACUGGUUUUGGUGAACUUGGCUACCUCAUGGAUUCAGACUCUGAUUCUUCAGAUUCAAACCGUGGAGUCAACACACCUGCGGAUCUGACUGAAGCCCUCAACAACCCAGAUGCUACUCCUGCUGCUGCUGCUGCUGCUGAUGAACGACCUGUGGCUGCUGGAGUCAGAGCAAGGACAGCUGAGACUGAUAUGGAUGAGGGCCUUGCCACUGGUCCACCUGCGUCUGGUGGCAGGGCUAGACCUAGACCACCUAUUAGCCUAGAGGAGCCCAGCUCACUGCCCUUCCUGCGACUUGCCCACUUCUUCCUCCUAAAUGAUGAUGAUGAGGACCAGCCCCAAGGGCUGACCAAAGAGCAGAUUGACAACCUCUCCAUGCGCAACUUUGGUGAGAGUGAUGCAUUGAAGACUUGCAGUGUCUGCAUAACAGAGUAUGCAGAAGGUAACAAGCUACGUAAGCUGCCCUGCUCUCAUGAGUACCAUGUGCACUGCAUUGAUCGCUGGCUGUCUGAAAACUCCACUUGCCCCAUCUGCCGCAGGGCUGUCCUGGUAUCGGCCAACCGAGAGAGUGUGGUGUAGCUCAUAAAAGACUGCAGACCUUUUGUCUUAACCUAAGUAAUCUAAUAUCCCAAGUCCGUAAGAGGCUUUGAGGAAAUGUGUCUCCACUGUUGAAAUGUAUUUCCUUCAUACCAUUUGUGAGUUUGAUCAUAAUGCAGUCACAGGUUUGAUUUGGGGUGCUCCAUACAGUGACAUUGGGACAUAUUCAGUCUCUAGUAAGACAUUUAUUAUUGCAGUCCAAAGUUAGGCACAAGCAAUGCAUGCUGUUUGAAUCAUCCGGUAGUGACCAAGCAGUUUGUUGCAUUGCGUCAAGCCAUGCACAAAAGCAGACCUGUAUCUCCAUAAAGAAUCCCCUGGUUAUAAAUGCUGCACACCUGCAGGUAGUUCAGGCACAUCUGCUCUUUUGUAUUAGCUCCUAAAUGGCGCCUUAUAUACCAGAAGAUGGGUAUUGGUGCAGUUCUUAGUUACACCAGUAUUAGCUGUAAAUAAGCUUGUAAAAAUUAUUUUGAAUCAUACUUUGUAUCAGUGAAUUGGUUUUGGAUUGUAAAUUAUCUCAUAUGAAGAUUAGGGUGGUGUUGGCUGCAAUUACUCUAUCAGAGCAUCCCUAAAUUUGGUGUUAAACAAAUAGGUUGUAUCGAUGUACACAGCAGAAUUAUUUAGAGAUGGUGAUGUCCAAAGGAUGUAGGAUAUUAAUUGGUUUGCUGUUUACAGUGUGACUUGUAUACUCCCUUUUUGUUGACCUGAAAGAAAGAAACUACUACUUUGGAGUGGCAUAUACCAUGAAUUGAGUGUGCUGAAUGGUUUUAAAAAAUAGAAUGUUGUACAGGAAUAAGGAAAAGAUGAAUCCAACUAGGUUACAUAAGUUUAUUUUCUUGAUCAUUAAAAGUGAUUGAGUAGUAUUCAUACCAGAAAUUAGGGAUGUCUCAAUAUUGGUAGUAGAUAUUGGGUUGAUAUCAAGUUGUUGGCAUGUGAAUUUCCCCACCUUAAAAUACUAUACUAACAGGCAUGACAUGUCAAAAAUUUGAAUAUAGUUGCUUUUGCCCCACAUGUAAAGGACUUUUACUUUUUAAUGUACAACAAUGAUUUCACAAUCAUUUUGUCCUGUCAUCCAUUAACUACUGGUCUGAUUCUUUAUUUUUAACAUAUUGGAUUGUCUUUAAUUGUUGACUGAUGAAUUAAGGUGGUAUCAGUUAAGCUGGUAUUGGCAUGGAGUGAAAUGACCCGAAAUUGACCUAAAAUGAAAUGUAGACUCGCCUUCUCAACUCAAGUCAGAAUAUAUCUCUUAACCUGUAGGUCCACCUCAAUGUACAAAUGACAACUUAAGUUAUUAAUCCAAAGCUCUGUUUGUCAGACAUUUACCAAGUCUGGGAAAAAAAAAUCACAUCAUUGUCCUUCUGUCUUCUUAAGGUUCCAAUAGAAAGUCAAGAUGCUGGCCCACUGUGCCCUCCUCCUGCCUCAUGAGCAGAUAAUCCAUAUCAGUGUGCAAUACAUGCUAAAGUGAAAGUAGGGAAAUACAAACCAUGAUAUAAAUGUAUGAUAUUGUUAAAAACUGUUGUUAAUGGCUAAAAUCUUUAAUGAAGAUUUAAUAUCUUUUAAAAUGUGUUGAAGUUCAUUUAAUUUUAUUUAGAAGUUCUGUAGGUUUUAAUAGUACUGUUGAUGAACAGGAACACUGGCUAAAGGAAGAAAAGGGCAUCACUAUCAAUGCCAUCCUGUCAUGUUUCUUGUUUCACUGUUUGAUGUCUUUGCCACAAUUAUUACUUCCCUUUGUGGGACAUAAAAGUUUGAAUGCAAGACGUUGUCGUUGUAUACCAUAAACCUGUAAAUGAAAUGUAUGUUCCCUCUUAGGCCAUGCUUUAGUUUUGGCCUUGUUCUGUGACCCACCCAGUGCAGUAUGUCAACUGGGUGUUAAAUGAAACUAACCGCUGAAUUAAACAAGUUGUUAUGCUUCAAAA